CAUUAAUGUACUUGUGCCUUAUUCGAUGGCUCUUGGCGGGAAUGCUGCUGCUAGAUGGCCGCAAAAGUAGUCCAAACUACUCGUUGGGGCACCGACAACGACAUGGAGUCACCACAUGCCAGUGGAAACGUUGGGGACUUGGCGGUUGCCGUGUUGGAAGGUUCUCAAUCUCUUGUCGCCUUGAAAGUCCCCAUCACCUCAACUAAACCCUCAAAACCCUGGGAAAAGUCCUUCUCAUCCAAGAUAAGACUAAAAGGCUGGGAAAAGGAUGGGUACGUGCGUCUUUUCGACCUCCAGCUCCAGAAUCUGGAUCCCUCGACGUCACAGGAUUUUGGAAUUACAACUAUAGACAGUAUCCCUGUCGAUAUGGGGAGGGAAGCCAUGAAGAUUGACAUGGAGGACAAGAUGAGGUUGAUGUUUCUGGAGGAAGAAGGAGUUCGCACGAGAUCCAGGAUUCGCCAGCUUCAGAAGUAUGACACUUUGGAUGGGGAAACGGUGAAAAUUCUCAGCUGUCCCAGCUUCAAUCAAGAGAAGAUAAUCGUCGUGUUUGAAGGGGACAACGAACACGUGCCAAAGGUUAUCUCCAAGGACCGUCUGAAUCUACAGAAGAAAGGAACAAAGAUACAGAGUGAUGAAGAGAUAGAUGUAAUGAUCGAAGUCGUAGGGAGAAUACUGCAAGGUCUCCCCUCCUCAGACUUGCAACCCCUUCUCGUUUCACCUUCGUUCAAGAGGUACAUCAAAGACAAACUCUUCAACCAUGCUGAUAGCAACGAUAGCAUGUCUCCCUACAGCUCGCUCAGUCCCGUUGCAGAGGAAGAACCUGGUGAUCUUCCCUUCUACAUGCUUGAUGGAGAGACUCUAUGUGCCAAUCAUGAUGACGUGGAACUGGAGGAUCUUUAUGUGCCAAAGAUUGCCAAGGAGACAACGACUGGGCAGGAAGCGCCAUCAACACUGUCUCUUAAAUACCUGCAAAAGUCGCCUGAUACUUCCCGUUCUUCUCGAGUGUUGGAGAAUCAAAGUGCUGAUGAGCUACCCAGGAAUAGCGGACAGGAAAGCCAUGAGGGACAAUUUGCGACAUCAUCAACCACCUUUGCCGCAUCUCCAAUUCCGGGUGGAGGUAAUGACUUUAAUGGUGAUUUCUGCAGGUGUGGCGAUGUCCCGUCUUCCCCUGGUGUGAUCCGGACUGCAUAG